GCCUUCACAGAGUGCCAGAAACUGCGAACUAAGUCAAACUACGGAACAAUGCUGGUGCUUCUAACACUUGGUGCUUUAGUUUCACAAGUAUCACCAGCAGCGACCCCGGCCAAGCCACAAGCUAUACGUAGCUGGGAUCAGAAUGCCUGUUCCCUGGUCGUCUGUGGUCCAGCCGAGAAAGGGUUACCAGGGAGAGACGGGAGAGAUGGGAUCCAAGGACCAAAAGGCGACAUAGGAGAGCAAGGAUUGCAAGGACCAAGAGGGAUACUCGGUCCUCCGGGGAAAAUGGGCCCAGCUGGAGCAGUUGGACAGAAGGGGACCCAAGGAGAGACAGGACCAAAAGGAGAUGCUGGAGAAAUAGGACCACGUGGAAUCCGAGGUUUGCAAGGUCCUCCUGGAAAUGCUGGCCCUUCUGGACCAAUAGGCAACAGUGGCCCACAAGGUGAAAAAGGUGUAAAAGGAGAAAGAGGUUCAGGAGGAGCCACCGGAGCACAAGGUCCCCAAGGCAAGCCAGGUGCCCCUGGCCCCCAAGGCGUUAAAGGGUCAGUGGGUGAAAAGGGAGCCAAGGGCAAUGUAGGAGACAGAGGAUUACAAGGAGCAACUGGUGUGCAAGGGCCAGUGGGGAAAACGGGCCUUCCUGGAUCGAAAGGAGAUAAAGGUUCUGUAGGUGACAAAGGCACGAAGGGUGACAGCGGCCUCUCGGAGGUCAACCUUAUGAAAAAACAAGUCAGCAUUCUGGAGGGGCAGCUCAAAGCCCUACAAGCCAGUUUCUCCAAGUACCAAAAAGUGGCAGUGUUCCCAGGUGGCCAAAUUGUUGGCAACAAAGUGUUUGUCACCAGUGGCUACGAAGGCAACUUUGAUGAUCUGAAACAAAGGUGCCUGCAAGCCAGUGGCCAGCUUGCUACCCCCAGGAACGCUGCUGAGAACGCUGCAGUCCAGCAGAUUGCUGUUCUCUAUAAGAAGUCAGUGUUUCUCGGGAUAACCGAUAUCCAGACGGAAGGGAAAUUCAAGUAUCUGAACGGCGAGGCCAUCAAUUAUUCCAAUUGGCUACAGGGAGAACCCAAUAAUGACAAAGGCACGGAGAAUUGUGUAGAACUCUAUGUGAAUGGCAAGUGGAAUGACAAGUCCUGUGGGGAAAAGAGACUGAUAGUCUGUGAAUUUUAGGCCAUCUCUCAUCCAGCGUUCAGCCCAUUUACAAUAAGGAACACAACUUUUAAUAUGCCAUUUGCUUUUUACCUGUAGGCAUUAAAGUAGUCGUGAUUUUGAUAACCCUCACCAAAUCCUUGUGAGGUAGGUCUGUUGUUAUACGUGCAUGCAUGAGGUAGCCAUUGGCAAGUGUUCAAAACAAAACAACUUUUCUGUAAAGGCCAGUUCACACAGGAAGCCACGUAAUGAGGCACAGCUGUAUUAUUACAACUUCCCACUUCCCUGAGGGGUGAGACAUUGAGGGGCAGCACUUCCAUGUUUAGUUUCCUUUGGCUGAGAGAGCGUUGGAAACAUUCUAGUAAUAUUUGCUUUCUUUUACGAAUAUAGAAGCAACGUCUUUUGGAAACAAAUAGACUUCUAAAAAAGGGACCCAGAUCUCCAGAGAACAACUUGUGCAGGCUCCUCAAGGCAUUAUCUCAUUGGAGAGCCACCACCAGUCAAGAGUGGCCAAUUGGACCAAUGAUUCAACUUAGCACAAGGCCGCUUCAUAUUCAUGAGUUGUUCUAAACUUUAGAUUCUAAAGGGAGAGCAGAAGAAGUGAGUUAUUGCUGGUGGGAAUUAGGAGGGAAGCGAAGAAAUGGGAUUUUCUAGCUGCUAGAAUCUGGGACAUAUAUAGCACCUGCCGACAGUUAAGCAAAGUUAUUUGGCUCUUCAGUCAAAGCCAAACUGCACUUUUCCUUGAACCUUUGGGUGGGCCAACCCUACCUCUAGGCAGAAUGAGGCAACUGCCUCAGGUAGCAGGUGCUGUGGGGCAGUGGGGGCAGCCUGCUGGCUGUUCCUCAUGAACUCUCCAGCUGUUUCCCUCUGUUGGAGGUCAGAGCUGUAUAUGCCAUACAACUUGGGCCUUUCUAAACUAGGCUGCUGCCUCAGGUAUGGUAGAAGACACUGUCCCAUUACCAGUAUUGAAGUACGAUUCAACUGCUAGCUUCUAUACAUGGACUGGGGAGGAGCCACCAUCUUGUUGCUCACCUCAAACAGGCCUGACCUGCCUGUUGGCCGAAGGUGGUCUCCUAUAGCAAAUGUAGCCAGUUUUACCUUCACAUUUAGAAGAAACAUUUAGAAGAAUCAGCUCAAGUCAUAUAACGGAUCUAAGGCUGUUCUGGGUGUUACUCUAAAUCAGAAUGGAUUUCUUCAAAUCCUUGUGGAUAACGAUUUAGAACAAACACAAACACACACCAACCAACCAUUGAAGUUCUCCUCUCUCUUAAAUGUCUCUCCCUUGCUGCCCCUAUAUUCCUGGAACUCUCUCCCAGAAUACCCAUGUGGCACCAUCACCCCUCUCUCCCCCACCUUCAAAUCCCUUCUUCACAUCCACUUUUUCUAUGUAGCCUCUGGCUUAACAUCAUCCCUUUCUGAGGCCUUAGCUAGACCUAAGGAUUAUCCCAGGCAAAUGGAGGGGUCGUCCCUGCCUGCUCCCGGGAUCCCCUGUGUGUCAUUUAUAUGCACAGGGAUGAUCCCGGGACAAUCCCGGGAUAUAGGCCUGGUCUAGCCAUGGCCUGAAUUGAAGCUUAAGCAUUCCUCUCCUAUUACCUCCCCUCUCCCUUUCCUCCCAUCCUUUCCCUCUUCUGUCUCCCCUUCUGUCAAAAUUUAGUCUGUAAGCUGCUUGGAGCAGGGCCUGUCUUCUUGCUUGUGUUACUGUGUAAAAUACUUGUGUACAUUGAUGGGGCUUUAUAAAUAAAUCAUCAUAUCGUCAUCGUCGUCAUCGUCAAUUUUCCACUUCAGGCAUACUUUCAGAAAGAAAUGGAAGGUCUCUUAAAUCUGAAGUCUAAAGAAUGGUGUGGUUUGAAAGCCACAGCACUUUU